AGCUGGCAACUGGGCGAUUGCUUUGAGAAACCGGCUUGUGAGGAGCGGCGGGAAAGGCGCGUGUCGGCUUCUCACUGGCGCAGCCUCCCCGGCGAUCGCCGCUGCCCCGCCCUGCCCUGGCGUCGUUGCAGGCACCGGAGUGGACGAAGCGCGGCCCGGGCAUGUGCAGCCGGGGGGAUGCGAACGCUGCGGAUGCCGCGGCUGCGCGGCGGGUGACAGGGCUCGGUUACAACAUGGGACUCCUGAUUGCACUGGCCUUACUGUGCCUGUUUUCCUUAGCAGAAGCCAAUUCAAAAGCCAUUACCACCUCUCUCACCACAAAGUGGUUUUCUGCUCCACUGCUGCUGGAAGCCAGUGAGUUCUUAGCAGAAGACAGUCAAGAGAAAUUUUGGAGUUUUGUAGAAGCCACUCAAAACAUUGGAUCAUCAGAUCAUCAUGAUACUGAUCAUUCCUAUUAUGAUGCCAUAUUGGAAGCUGCGUUUCGCUUCCUGUCACCUCUGCAGCAGAAUUUGUUGAAGUUUUGUCUCUCUCUCCGUUCCUACUCAGCCUCAAUUCAAGCCUUCCAGCAGAUAGCAGUUGACGAGCCUCCACCAGAAGGAUGCAAGUCGUUUCUCUCAGUGCACGGAAAGCAGACUUGUGAUCUAGACACUCUUGAGAGCCUUCUGCUGACUGCCCCUGACAGACCUAAACCAUUAUUGUUCAAAGGAGACCACAGAUAUCCCUCAUCAAAUCCUGAAAGUCCAGUGGUCAUUUUUUAUUCUGAGAUUGGCCAUGAAGAAUUUUCUAAUAUUCACCACCAACUUAUAUCAAAAAGCAACGAAGGCAAAAUUAAUUAUGUAUUCCGACAUUAUAUAUCUAAUCCCAGGAAGGAGCCGGUUUACCUUUCUGGCUAUGGUGUGGAACUGGCGAUGAAGAGCACGGAGUACAAGGCCAAGGAUGAUACUCAGGUGAAAGGAACUGACGUGAAUACCACAGUCAUCGGGGAGAAUGAUCCUAUUGAUGAAGUUCAGGGAUUCCUCUUUGGAAAAUUAAGAGAACUGUACCCCACCUUGGAAGGACAGCUGAAAGAGUUCCGGAAGCACCUUGUGGAGAGCACCAAUGAAAUGGCCCCCUUGAAAGUCUGGCAGCUGCAAGAUCUCAGCUUCCAGACUGCUGCCCGCAUCUUGGCUGCUUCUGGGGCAUUAUCUCUGGUGGUGAUGAAGGACAUUAGUCAGAACUUUCCUACCAAAGCCAGAGCAAUAACGAAAACGGUUGUGAGUGCUCAGCUUAGAGCGGAAGUGGAAGAGAACCAGAAGUACUUCAAGGGAACUAUAGGGUUACAGCCUGGAGACUCAGCGCUCUUCAUCAAUGGACUUCAUAUCGAUUUAGACACCCAAGAUAUAUUCAGUCUAUUUGAUACAUUGAGGAAUGAAGCCCGGGUAAUGGAAGGUCUGCACAGACUGGGAAUAGAAGGCCUUUCUCUACAUAAUAUUUUGAAGCUGAACAUCCAGCCCUCUGAGACUGACUACGCAGUAGACAUCAGGAGUCCUGCUAUUUCCUGGGUCAACAACCUAGAAGUCGAUAGCCGAUAUAACUCAUGGCCUUCAAGCUUACAAGAGUUACUUCGCCCCACGUUUCCUGGCGUUAUACGGCAGAUCAGAAAGAACCUGCAUAACAUGGUUUUCAUUGUUGAUCCUGUACACGACAGCACAGCGGAGUUGAUUAGCAUCGCCGAGAUGUUCCUCAGCAAUCACAUACCGCUAAGGAUUGGUUUUAUCUUUGUGGUCAAUGAUUCUGAAGAUGUUGAUGGGAUGCAAGAUGCUGGAGUCGCUGUUCUGAGAGCGUAUAAUUAUGUGGUUCAGGAAGUGGAUGCCUAUCACGCCUUCCAGACUCUCACACAGAUCUAUAACAAGGUGAGGACGGGAGAGACAGUGAAAGUGGAGCACGUGGUCAGCGUCUUGGAGAAGAAGUACCCGUACGUGGAAGUGAACAGCAUUCUGGGGAUUGACUCUGCUUACGACCAGAAUCGGAAGGAAGCAAGAGGCUACUAUGAGCAGACUGGAGUAGGCCCCCUGCCUGUUGUCCUGUUCAAUGGAAUGCCCUUUGAAAAGGAGCAGUUAGACCCGGAUGAGCUGGAAACUAUCACAAUGCACAAGAUCUUGGAGACAACCACCUUCUUCCAAAGAGCUGUGUACUUGGGUGAACUGUCACAUGAUCAAGAUGUAGUAGAGUACAUCAUGAAUCAGCCGAAUGUUGUUCCAAGAAUCAACUCUAGGAUUCUGACAGCUGAGCGAGAGUAUCUGGAUCUAACGGCAAGCAAUAAUUUUUAUGUGGAUGACUUUGCCAGAUUUUCUGCCUUGGACUCUCGGGGCAAGACUGCCGCCAUUGCCAACAGUAUGAACUAUCUGACAAAAAAAGGAAUGUCCUCCAAGGAAAUCUAUGAUGAUUCCUUUAUUAGACCAGUGACUUUUUGGAUUGUUGGAGAUUUUGAUAGCCCUUCUGGGCGGCAGCUACUAUAUGAUGCCAUUAAACAUCAGAAAACCAGUAACAAUGUAAGGAUAAGUAUGAUCAACAAUCCCAGCCGAGAGGUCAGCGACUCAAGCACCCCUGUCUCCAGAGCCAUCUGGGCUGCUCUCCAAACGCAGACCUCCAGCUCAGCUAAGAACUUCAUCACCAAGAUGGUCAAAGAGGAGACGGCAGAGGCCCUGGCCGCAGGAGUGGACAUUGCAGAGUUCUCUGUCGGGGGCAUGGAUGUCAGUCUUUUUAAAGAGGUCUUUGAGUCUUCCAGAAUGGAUUUCAUUUUGUCUCAUGCCCUGUACUGCAGGGAUGUUCUGAAGCUGAAGAAGGGACAGCGAGUGGUGAUCAGCAAUGGAAGGAUCAUUGGGCCUCUGGAGGACAAUGAGCUUUUCAACCAAGAUGAUUUCCACCUCCUGGAAAAUAUCAUCCUGAAAACAUCGGGACAGAAAAUAAAGUCUCAUAUCCAACAGCUUCGAGUAGAAGAAGAUGUGGCCAGUGAUUUGGUAAUGAAGAUGGAUGCUCUCCUGUCAGCACAACCCAAAGGAGAGGCAAGGGUCGAGUACCAGUUCUUUGAGGAUAAACACAGUGCAAUUAAACUGAAGCCCAAAGAAGGGGAGACAUACUAUGAUGUGGUGGCCGUUGUUGACCCUGUCACAAGAGAAGCACAGAGGCUCGCCCCCUUGCUCUUGGUUUUGACUCAGCUGAUAAACAUGAAUCUAAGAGUAUUUAUGAAUUGCCAAUCCAAGCUUUCCGACAUGCCUUUAAAAAGCUUUUACCGUUACGUCUUAGAGCCGGAGAUUUCUUUCACUGCAGACAGCAGCUUUGCUAAAGGACCGAUAGCCAAGUUUCUGGAUAUGCCACAGUCUCCACUGUUUACCUUGAAUCUGAACACACCUGAGAGUUGGAUGGUAGAAUCUGUCAGAACACCAUAUGAUCUGGAUAAUAUUUAUCUAGAAGAGGUGGACAGUAUAGUGGCUGCUGAGUAUGAGUUGGAAUAUCUGUUACUAGAAGGUCAUUGUUAUGACAUCACCACAGGCCAGCCCCCUCGAGGACUACAGUUUACUUUAGGAACUUCAGCCAAACCAACAAUUGUGGACACAAUCGUGAUGGCCAAUCUGGGAUAUUUUCAGCUCAAAGCAAAUCCAGGAGCCUGGAUUCUGAGACUGAGGAAGGGGCGCUCAGAUGACAUUUAUAGGAUCUACAGCCAUGAUGGUACAGAUUCCCCUCCUGAUGCAAAUGACGUUGUUGUCAUCCUCAAUAACUUCAAGAGCAAGAUCAUCAAAGUGAAGGUUCAGAAGAAGGCAGACAUGGCUAAUGAAGACUUGCUGAGUGAUGGGACGAAUGAGAACGAGUCUGGAUUCUGGGACUCAUUCAAGUGGGGCUUCUCAGGACAGAAGGCUGAAGAAGUGAAGCAAGAUAAAGAUGACAUAAUCAAUAUUUUCUCUGUUGCGUCUGGUCAUCUCUACGAAAGGUUUCUUCGCAUCAUGAUGCUCUCAGUCCUGAAGAAUACCAAGACUCCUGUGAAGUUCUGGUUCUUGAAGAACUACUUGUCCCCCACAUUUAAGGAGUUUAUACCUUACAUGGCCAAAAAAUACAAUUUCCAGUAUGAGCUUGUUCAGUACAAAUGGCCGAGGUGGCUUCACCAGCAGACGGAGAAGCAGCGAAUCAUCUGGGGCUACAAGAUCCUCUUCCUGGAUGUGCUUUUCCCAUUAGUUGUUGACAAAUUCCUCUUUGUGGAUGCUGAUCAGAUUGUACGGACAGAUCUGAAGGAGUUAAGAGAUUUCAAUUUGGAUGGUGCCCCUUACGGUUACACGCCCUUCUGCGAUAGCAGGAGAGAGAUGGAUGGCUACCGCUUCUGGAAGUCUGGGUACUGGGCCAGUCAUUUGGCCGGACGAAAGUAUCACAUCAGUGCACUGUAUGUUGUGGAUCUGAAGAAGUUUAGAAAAAUAGCUGCUGGAGACAGACUCAGGGGACAGUACCAAGGUCUGAGUCAGGAUCCCAACAGUCUUUCAAAUCUUGAUCAAGAUUUGCCCAAUAAUAUGAUCCAUCAGGUGCCAAUCAAAUCGCUCCCUCAGGAAUGGCUUUGGUGUGAAACGUGGUGUGAUGAUGCCUCUAAGAAGCGGGCAAAGACUAUUGACCUGUGUAAUAAUCCCAUGACUAAGGAGCCUAAACUGGAGGCUGCCGUGCGGAUUGUCCCUGAGUGGCAAGACUACGACCAGGAGAUCAAGCAGCUGCAGAUCCUCUUCCAAGAGGAGAAGGAGCUGGGGACCCUGCAUACAGAGGAGACACAGGAAGGCUCUCAGAAGCAUGAGGAAUUAUGAUGUCUGGAGGAAGAUGGGAAACCCACCUUGACAGUUUGUACUAAAUGCUGUUUUCUCUGAUCUGUCGAUACGACUGCUGAUGAACGGAUUGGGCGGGUGUCCCACACCUAUUGAUCUGAGCAUUGAUUUAGACUACUGCACCCUAGUGGGUGCUAGAUCCUUGGGGCUAAGGCUCUGUUGGAUUUGUACCUCAGAGGAAGACAAGUGGCUGGUCUUCUGGGACUCUUCUUCUCACCAGAGGGAGAAAUGCCGGCAUCAACCGCAAGAAGCCCAGACCUUUGGUGCCCACAGCCCAGAGCACACAUUGCUGUGCUGGCCCAGAAGCUGGGCGAAAAGGUCACCGUGUUCUUCCUUACCUCAGUUUACCUGCAGCCCUUGCUGCAGUGCAGAUGCCCACCCUGUACCAGGUCAGGCCGGCAGAUGCUUCAUCCACGCCUCAAGGUCUACGCCAACAUGCUUCUCACGUCUUGUCCCCUCCCUGCCCGCCCCCUUCCUAAGCAUUAGGUUCAUUGUUUAAUGGAGCCCAACCAAUAAUCAUGUGUCUUCAGGGUUGGCUCAGUGCAGUUGCUAAGCAAAUCAGUCUUCAGGAGAACCGGGGUGGGAUGGCUAAGGCUGGAAGAAACAGCAGGUAGCAGAGAGUGUUGGGGUGUUCAAGGGAAGACAAAAACAUGGGCCGUUCUCUUCAGUCCAGUACCCAGUGAACUGUCCAGGUAAUUGUUUUGUAAACAAUUUUUCUAUUUAUGAAAAUGUGUGCUUUUUCUUCUUACUUUCUAAAAAGCUGUUGGUUAUCAGUUUCCUGCCUGGGCACAGGCGUCCUGAGUCCCUUGGUGACCGCUCUCAGCGUGCUCAGCCUCCGUCUGGAUGGUCACUAUACUGUCUGCCCUUUCCCUUGUAGAGUUUUCUCUCAGACCCAGGAGAGGAUGACUUUGGGCGUUUCUUCCCCCAAAUGCUCUCGGACCUGUGACCAGGAAUGACUGUCUCUGGAACUCGGUUUCCUACGCUCAGUCUUUCCCUUGUGCUUUGGCUCUGAGGCUCCCCUGUGGCUUUUGAGACUUGCCAAGGUCCGGUUCUAAGGUACUGCUGCUGUCUGAAGCUGCACCCUUCAUUGCUUUGUGUGUGUUCACAGCUGCAGCCCGGCUUCACCUCAGGCUGGACAGGUGUGGGUGUGUGGUGUCAUCUCUGCCCAGGACUCAGGGAUCUACAGCAGAGAGUUAGUGGUGCUGGGCACUGGGGUGUGGCUCAGUGGCAGACAGAGGGCUUGUCUAGCAAGCCCAAGGCUUUACCUUCUGUCUGGUACUACAUCCCUCCAGCCCCCCAAAAAGACUGACUAUGAGGAAUGAGUACUGUGGGUAACUAAGUUCUUGCCUGUCCAAGCUAGGUAAUAUGUGAGUUACCAAGGAAGGUUCACCUACAGGAGCCAUGGUUGGGGAUUUGAGUGGGCAGUUGUUAAGUAAUAAAUAGAGACAAAAAAUGGAUUGGGAAUUCAGAGUCGGUCAGCUGGAUCUCCCCACUCCCCUCGGGUGAGGCUUCCAAGUAAGAGAACAGAGAGCAGCACUAAAAAUGACAUCAUCCAGUUCGGUGCUCACGACACCCCCAGAAACCAGCUGGGGGGCUGCUGCCGUCGUUCGGUGAGCAGAGUUUUCUCUCUCUCCCUCUGCAGGCGCUUGGGUAGCAAGGACAGGCUGUAGCAAGCCCUCUGGCCUUGGAAAGGUGUCUAGGAAUAAAUUACUUCCCAGCUGUUUCCAAGUAUGUUGUAUUUUGACUCUUGGAUUAUCAAAGUGUUUUGUCAUUUGUCAUAAAGUCGGGGAGGGGGCACACAUCCCCAGACAAAGGGUCGUGGAGGUUACGUUGAGACAAACAUGUUUCAUAGCUUCUUAGCUUAACUAGCACUUGACAUUUAUUGAUACAGUGUAUAUUACAACAUGAAUUUCAAAAAUAAAAAAUUACCACAUACAUAUCAAGUAAUUUUACCCCCAUUUUCAGAUCUAAAAGUUAGCUUAAGAGCCAGCCUUUUUUCAGGCUUCAUGUCCACCCAGGAUUAAGCUUUCAGGGCUGCUGUGCCCAGCUGUGAGCAGAAGCAGUCCUCCCAGUGUCCCCGGAGCCUGGAGUGUUGCGCAGGAGUCGUCAGUGCUCUGAAAUGCUGGCCCAGUGGCAAGGGUUCUUCUCUUAUCAAAUCAUGUGUGCCUCCUCUGUGGAAGAGGACAGUGCGGGUCUCCUGUGGCCCUUUAGUCCCUCGUGGGUCACUACACUGACAUAAGUCAUACUCAGAGUUGAUGCUGGCUAGGCCAGACCCAGCCUCCUUCUAAAGCUGCCCAGCCCCCCCCCCCCCCUUACUGGUUCCUUCCUUGCUUCCUGUGGAUUAAAUCGACUCUACAAACUAAGCAACUGCCACAAAUGGGCCGUUGCCAUCAAGUGCCCCCGGAAGGGUGUCCCUGUCUGAUUCACCUGACAUCCUCACCACGAAAAAGCGCGUUGUGACUGAAAAGAGAGAUGAAUUCUCCAAGAAGCAGGAAGUGACUGACCAGACGGAUUAUUCGGGCUUCUGGAGAUAUCACUGCCAUUCUUGGCCUGUGUAUAAAUGGUUCUUUGACCUCUUGUCUUAUAGGA